GGUCAACGCCGCCGAGUGGAAGCGACGCUCCCGCGUGAGAGUGUCCUGAUCUCAGUCCAGUCUGCUUAUCUCAUGGACUGACUAGCCUUAUUUCAGACUAUGAAUAACCUGGUCAGUAGCCGCUCUGUCGGCGGAGCCUGUCUGCUCUGCCGCAGAGGGGUCGCCGUCUCAGCUCGGGUCACUCAGCGGGCUCAGAGUAGCGGCACUGCUGGCCGUGUUAACCCCGCACAGCACCAGCUUCACCCCCCAGCACUGACCCGGCUCUCCUCCAGACUCCUCUCCUCCAGACAGGGAGGCAUGAUGAACGUGUUCGACAGAAGCAUGAAGAGGAGGCAGAAGAAAUGGGCCUCUUCUUUACAGGACAACACCAAAUACGACUACUUGAGAGACGAGGUUGGAAGCAGAGUUGCAGACAGGAUUUAUGACAUUGCGAGGACCUUCCCGUUAGCGCUAGACGUGGGCUGUGGGAAAAGCCACAUCGCGGAGCAUCUCAGCAAGGAAGUUGUGGAGCGUCUUUUCCUCACUGACAUCUCGGAUGGUUUGCUGAGGCAGAAAAAAGGGAGUGAGAUGCCCACACACUGUGUAAUGGCCGAUGAGGAGUUCCUGCCCUUUCGGGAGAACACUUUUGACCUGGUGGUCAGCAGCCUGAGUAUGCACUGGAUCAAUGAUCUUCCUGGAGCUUUACGACAGAUUCAUCAGGUGCUGAAGCCGGACGGGGUGUUUAUCGGGGCGAUGGUCGGAGGGGAGACUCUGUAUGAGCUACGCUGUUCUCUGCAGUUGGCUGAGCUGGAGAGGGAGGGGGGCUUUUCCCCCCAUAUAUCCCCCUACACCGCCGUCACUGACCUGGGCAACCUGCUCGGCCAAGCUGGCUUCAACAUGCUAACAGUGGACGUUGAUGAGAUUCAGGUUCAUUACCCAGGGAUGCUUGAAGUCAUGUGUGAUUUACAAGGUAUGGGUGAGAGUAACUGCGCGUGGAACAGGAAGUCCCUCCUGCACAGAGACACCAUUCUAGCAGCGGCAGCUGUUUAUAAAGAGAUGUAUGGUAAUGAGGACGGAUCUGUCCCAGCUACAUUUGAGAUCCUGUACAUGAUUGGUUGGAAACCUCACGAGUCUCAGGCCAAACCAGCUAAAAGGGGCUCGGCGACUGUGUCAUUUGCUGAUUUGUCAAAGAUCAGCCAAUCAGAGGCCAGCAUCAAGACUGACAAGCCAUAGAACUGCUGCCAUCCCAGACUAGUCCAUAAACAUUACAUAAGCAGCACUGCUGCUUAAUAAAAUGUACAUAAAUGCUGUGUUAUAUGUACAAAUAUCACAUGAAAAAUGUACUUUUGUAGAGAAAUAAAACUCAAA